UUAACACACGCACCAGAUGUUGCUCAGGUGAUGUGGGCACUCUGGCCAGUGAUACAAAAAUUGGAUAUUUUGUUUUGUCGUCUGCUUGGGGGGAAAAUCGAUUUUUGUCAGUUGUAUUGAGCACACAAGCAUAGAUUAGCAAUAAACAUAUUUAAUAUGUUGUGUUUAUUGGAUAUGUGUUAGACUAUGUUGUUUUAAGGUUUUUCCUAUGAGUUACCUGGCUGGGAAAAUACGCCAAAUAUCGACGUCACAUUUUUCUGUGCGCUAGACGGUACAUCGCUAGCGGGAGGAAAAGUUUAGUUUGUACCAUUGUAGACAAAUGUUAACGAUUUCAGUCAAAUAUUAGCUAUUUCAGUCAAGUGUUAGCUAUUUCAGUCAAAUGUUAACAAUUUCAGUCAAGUGUUAACAAGUCAAAUGUCAGCUAUUUCAGUCAAAUGUUAACAAUUUCAGUCAAGUGUUAGCAAGUCAAAUGUUAAAUAUUUCAGUCAAAUGUUAACUAUUUCAACCAAAUUCUAACAUUUUCAUCAAUGCUUUAAAAAAUACUUAAUAUAUUGAUUUUGAAAGUAUUUAUCUAGUCCGAGUUAUACAAAAUAAAUAGGAUAAAAAUUAGUUUAAAACCAAAUGAAAAAAAAAUUAGUUAAAAUAAACUUUCACUUGUUAUAGAAAAAUAAAUUCACUGGAGUUCGACUUCUAAGUUUCAGAUUUAAUCAAUCUAGGUUAAUUAAUUAAAUGGAGUACGCGGACACCGUGCCUACCAUAUCAGGAAGUGACGUCAUCAUGGCUUACGGUGACCACCAGGUGGAGUUCGAGGAGGAGCCGCGGCGCUGCAGUUGGUGCACGUGCUUCUGCUUCAGCCGUUACACGCUCUUCGUCAUCAACUUCCUGGUCUGGGCUGCCGGUGUGACCAUGGUCGGACUAGGGGCCUGGGCAAUCGUCAACAGCUCCGGCCUUGACCUUUUUGAGGCGCUGCUGAAAGAACCCAGUUGGCUGAUGAUCGCUACUGGCAUCGUGAUGAUCAUCGUGGGCGUGGUCGGGUGUGCCGGGGCGUUACGGUUGAACAUCAUCUGUCUGAGGGUGUUCAUGGUGUUUGUGAUCGUGGUGUUCGUCCUACAACUGGUGUUGGCUGGGGUGGUGUUCUUCAUGAUGGACGACAUCCAGGGCAACAUGCUGUACAUCGUCAAGGUGGCCGUCACCAAAUACGAGAGGGACCAGAACAUUGCCAGGGACGCGUCUAUAGACUAUCUUCAGCAGCAGUUCCAGUGCUGCGGCGGCUCCAGCUACUCCGACUGGGACGCCAACCGCUACUACAACUGCAGCAACGUGUUGACCAGUUCCCGCUGCGGCGUGCCCAGCUCCUGCUGCAUCGACAACCGGAUGGAGGACUGCGGCUUCCAGAUCCGUGGAUCAUCGGUAGAAGAUAUCAAAGCUUACAUCUAUACUGAAGGCUGUAUUGUGACGUUAAUGAAAAUAUUCAGGAACAAUGUCACCAUUGUAGCUGCUCUGGCAUUCAGCGUCUGUGGAAUAGAGAUCCUCUGUUUGAUCCUGGCCAACAUUACCAGCCGUUACAUCAUCGUCCAUCGGAAACAAUUUAGCUGAGUCAGCAUCAACAAUUCUUGAUCCUGGCCAACAUUACCAGCCGUUACAUAAUCGUCCAUCGGAAACAAUUUAGCUAAGUCAGCAUCAACAAUUUUUGAUCCUGGCCAACAUUACCAGCCGUUACAUAAUCGUCCAUCGGAAACAAUUUAGCUGAGUCAGCAUUAAAUACUGAACUUGUCAUUAACAUCUCAGCCUAACAAAAACAGCUAAUUCAGUGGGACAUAGCUGUAAACUAUGAUCAAUUUAAAACCACACCACCAGCGUAGCUGUAACAUAUCUAUUACUUAUAUCUCUUAAACGAGGAACUUGCUUUGUAUUAUACAAAUAUUUAUUAUUUAGUUGAUGUAAUUAUAAUUAAUAUACAUUUUUGUAUGCUUAUAAACAACAAGAUUAGGUUGUAUAAAAAAACACAGCUUUGGUUGGACUUGACUUAAAAUAAAAAGCAACAACAUAAGACGUUGAUAAAAUUAUAGUUUACAUGUAAUUUAAUUGAAAUAGUAUACAAUUGUGUCUUGGCUAUUUCAAGGUGUGUUUCAAAUAUUUAACGGGUGAAGUGAAUGAUUAAUUGAACUUCAUCCUGAAGUGAAUGUUGUAUUGUAAAAAUCAAAAUAUUGUAACACAACUCGUAGUGCAGACGUUGUACACACUAAUGAUAUGGGCUCUGUUGUCUACUAAACUGUGUAUCACGCCACGUUGUAAAUGUAUAUAUAAAUAUUUAUUAAGCUUUUAUCUGUAGAUAUAGAAAUUGUGUGCUAUAAACACACCAUUAGUCACCAAUGAAAGGUUUUGUUACUGAUACAACUUAUGGAGUAGACACCAAAGUCUAAUAUUUAUAUACAUAAUUGUUCGAAAAGUAUUCUUGAAACUAAUAAUAAUUCUAUUGUAUUAUUUAUAUGUAGCUUUUAGUUGUAUGUAUUAAACAGUCAUAUGUUUUUUUUGUUUACUACAUUUUAUUUACUUUAUUUUCAAACAUUAACAUGUAUAUUACUAAAUACAACAAAUAUAAAUUUCAAUAGGCAAUCAAGAUCUACAUAUGUGUAAAGUUUGUAUCAAAUAAAAAUCGUCACAAAAACUGACUACAAAAUUUAGCCUCAACUCUAGACUCAUCCCUAACGCUAACCUUAACCUUUAGUUUAGGAACUGUUACUAAAUAUUGUUGAAACAUCUAAAGAGAGUUUUAUUUUUUUUACUUUCAUUGAAUUUAUAAGUUUGUUAUCACCGGUAGUAUUUUUAAUACAAAUGUUAUUGUAUCGUUAUUCUGUUCGAUUAGAGAAACGAGUUACCAGUUUGUAGUGCUAAUAAAACGCCACCUACAAACUACAUGUCACUAAGAGAAAUAAGUUCACACGAUAGGAAUUAUAGUGUCGGUUGUUUUUAUUACUUUUAUCAAUCAUGUACAAUUUAAAUAAAUCACAUUUUAUUUCAAAUGUAUUUACAAAUCAAAUUUAUAUAUAUCGUCCCUUGAAAUAACUAUUCACAAAUUUGAAUUUAGUCUGGAAAAUAAAAGUAAAAUAAAUGACAUCAGCAGAUCAUGUGACAACAAAUAUAAAUAGCAUUUUUAUCAGGGGCAGGUAAUUCACUGUACUGAAACAAUUAGCCAGCGUUAAAAAAUUUCUGAAAUUUUUGCAUAAAAAAUAAUUAUUACAACUCUAAAGCAGCGAGUCAUAGCAUUCCUCGCUCACUACAAAUCAUAUUGCACAAUAAAUGAAAACGUUAAACCAUCUUCGAACCUUUUCGAAUUUAAUAACACGUCCACUAUCCAUACGAACAGACUUGCUU